AGCUGUGAUGUCGCUCGUUGAACACGAAGAUCGAGCCUUUUUAGAACUCGUCUUUAAGUACAUAGAGGACAAGAAUAGCACGAACGAUGUGGAUUUCACACAGCCACAUGUUAGGCGGUCUCUCCGUUACGUGUAUCCGUUAUUCAUGUUUCUUCAUGCCCUCGUUGGCAUAUUUGGCUUCUGUGGAAACCUAGCGAUUAUAAUAGUGAUUGGAAAAAGAAGGCUGUAUAGAGACCAGACGUUUCUCUUUCUCGGAAAUAUUGCCUUCUCUGACAUUCUGAAAUGUAUAUUUGUUCUUCCGGUUUCCCUAGCUAAUUUAUUGAUACAUAAUUGGAUUUUUGGAAGCUUUAUGUGUUUCUUUUUACCCAUGUUACAAUGCUUCCCCAUUCAUUCUUCAAUGUUAACUUAUUUUAUGAUUGCAAUCGAUCGGUAUCGCCUGAUUGUUAAUCCCUUUCGGUCUCGCUUGCCUGCUGGACUUUGUAUUAUAGGUGUUUGGGUAGUGUCAGUAUGUCUCGUACUUCCGUAUGCUGUGUAUAUCAAGUACAUCGACCUGGGUGCCAUUUUGGGAUACCGCUUUUUCGGUGUUGGUAUUUGUUACAUAAACCAAGAACGGCAUAUUGAAGAAUACAUUAGAGCCAUGUUUAUAACGUUGUAUGCCAUGCCUCUUGCCACUAUUGGUUUUUUGUUCCUGAAAGUAUCUGCAGAGCUUAAGUCAUUAGAAACAACCUCCAUAUCAAUACAUUUUGAGACUAAUUCUAAUAACAUGACUUGUACAUCUCGCUUAACUCUUAAUGACGACGAGACUUCCAGAAUUGGAUCAGAAGACUCAAAUCAACGUCACAUCGCGCAAUCUGAACACACUUGCAGUGAAGAUGAUCUUGACCUUCCAACAGAGAAACAAACUCACAGAUAUAUCAUUUCUAUGAUAACUUUAUUUGCUGUUUGUUGGUGUCCACUAAAUAUUUUGAUUUUAGUUCAAUUUUUCGUACAUGAGAGCGGGAACAAUACCGGCCAUUUUGAUCUUACAUAUAUAACUUUCACGUGGUUUGGUUUUCUAUCUACUUGCGUUAACCCAGUCUUGUUUGCGUCUUGGAAAAUGUCGGAAUCUACAAAAGACAGACUUAAAGGUUACUUCAAGCUUGGCAGGAAAAGAAAAUCAAAAAAGAUCACAGUUCCGGUCUCUACAUUCAGGACGACGGAGGCAACACUUACAAUUCAGAAGGACAAAUAUGGUCCGGAUACUUUAUAACGAGAUCAACCGAGGGAACAUUAAGAGCUCAGAACAAUAGGUUUGGACCGGAUACUUUAUAAAGAGUUCAACUGAGGGAACACUCGGAGCUCAGAACAAUAUAUUUGGUCCGGAUACAUUAUAGGUUCUUAUAGUGACAUUAUAAUGAAGGGAUAAAGAUGACUGAAUGAGUGUCCCUUCAUUGUCGUUGGAAGUUACCAAACUGUGUGUAUUAUGGGAAG